GUUGCAGCCGGGAAAUAAUGCCUCGUAGUAGAUCACGCGACCGUCGGCGUCGUUCACGUUCUCAUUCACGUGACGAGCGCCGUGAUCGCGAUAGGCGGUAUCGCAAAGAUAAGGACCGUCGACGAAGACGUGAUUCUGACCAUUCCACUUCCGAUAAUGAAAUCGAGUCGCUAUUGAAAAGGGAAAAGCGAGGAAAUGGUAGUUCAAAUUCACCAUCCACAUCAUUAGGAGCGCUGGUUAGCGAAUUAGGAGCUGGGGUGAAAUUUGAUGCAUCGCAGCUAAGUCAAGCAGCUAAAGAGUGGUUGGAUGCAAGGGUUACUGAGCAGGUGAGUGCAAGAGUAGCUGAUUUGGAAUCGUUGGUUCAGGAACGCGUUGCCAAAGCACGCGCAGACCUGGAAUCCAGGUUACGUUCACAGAUUGAGCAGGAAAUGAUGCACGAGGUGGAAGAAAGUCGAAAAAGAGAGGAAGAAUCCAAAAAGCGAUGCACAGAGCUUGAAGAAAGUUUGGAGAAGAAAAUGAAGGAACUGGAGGAAACGGAAAAGAAAUUGGUAGAGUGUUAAAAUACUUCACAUUAGACAUACAAUUAGAUUAAAACAGUGAGUGAUGUAGUUUCCGUUAUCGCCAUGUUUCAGGCUCUUGCACAAUUUCAGCUCAGAUCAGUCGCGCAGCAGCUGUUUGAAUUACUUUGAAUUACUUAUAAAUAAUUAAAUCAGCUGAUAUUGACUAGCGACCACUAUUCUUUGUUGACCCAGAACGGUCAACAAAGAAUAGUGGUAUUUCGGGAGGAAAUUCAUAAUGUGCACAUACCUUGCACAGUACUUGGACAUACACUGCUGCGUGAUAUCGCUGGGAUACAACAGGCAAGCUACUAGUAGGUGUUCCGUUGGCCGAUAAGCUGUUGCAACGCCAAAACGAAGUACACGAAUUCGUACUACUGACCGAGCAAAGCAGGAACGCUUAUUAAUGCUGGAAACGAAGGGCAAAUUAGAAAUGGAACGAAAUGCGCUGGUUCAGGAACGCGAAAUGUUAACCAAAAGUGAGCAACAAGCGAUACUGAAUAAAGGUGGAACAAUGAGGGCGCCAAUCAAGUUGAAGCUCGGCUUUAAAUGAAUGAAAUGAUGGUGGUGAUGGAACGACACUACGAAAUGUAUUAGAUUAAAUUUGAAUGACUCAUGAAGGGCAGAGGUAUGUGCGAAAUUCUCACGCCGAAAUGUUUUUUUUUUAGCUCUAGUGCUGAGAAACAACUUGCUUUACGUCUUCCUUUUAUCCCCUUUGAAUUCAUGUUGCAUUAUUGUUUUGUUCCCUUUUUUUUCAAUUUAUAGUUCGUGUCCAUCCUAGUAUUUUUUCUAUUAUUGUUCGUACAUUGUAUAUAGAAAUGAAUUUUCAACUUACAAAACUGGAGUGGAGCAAAUCCUUCGGAUAUUUAGUUGGUACGAUGAGCUCAUCCUGGCGAGGAAGCCAUCUUUAGAAGUCUCGAAUCAAACCGAGUUGGUUUGAUACUACCUUUAGGCGAUCACUGGUGAUGAUCGACCUGAUCGCUAAAUCAUAAGCCUUGAAUGUGUGUGGGACGUUUGCACGGGAUCGAUGGGUUACAUUAUUUUUUGUGAAAAUUAUCGUCCCUUUAACAGACAUAGUUGAGCCGCAUGUUAUUGCUAGUGAAAGUCUAAAUUCAACCUCAGCUUGUACGCGAGGAAAUUGACGGUAUUGUUUAAAUGAUAAUUCUUUGGGAAGAUUUUGACAAAAUAAGUAAUGUAUGUUCGACAGCCUUCAUUUAUUCGAGAUUUGUGAAUUUCAGAC